UGUAACAAGUGCGCCUGCGUGAAAUUCCAAAGCUUACUUGUUUCCAAGUGUCGAUUCUUGCGGCAUCUUGGUAGAAAUGUUGAUGUUUAUUUAAUCUACAGAACACUCCAAUCGGGAAAAAACCCAGACAGAACCAGGAUGAAAAGAGUAUUCAGUUUGAGUAACAAGACCUUUGGUGGCCAAGGAACAAUCACAUACAGUUGGCAAAAAGCCUUAGGGAACUACUUGGCAACUACAGGAGCUGACCACAUUGUCAGAAUUUAUGACAGACAUGGGGAGAUGAAGGAGGAAAUUAGCUUACCAGGAAUGUGCACUGGUAUGGGCUGGGACAGAGAUGGAGAUACACUGGCAGUCAUCAAUGACAAGAAUGGAGUUGUCACCCUUUGGGAUGCUAACACCAUGAGAACCAGCCAACUGGAUAGUGGGCUAAGAGAUCAGAUGACAUUUCUCUUGUGGGCCAAGGCUGGUCCUUAUCUAGCAAUUGGAACCUUCAAAGGAAACCUUAUGAUCUAUAAUCAUCAAACAUCAAGGAAGGUGCCGAUCCUGGGGAAGCACACGCGGCGGAUCACCAGUGGAUCGUGGAGUAAUGAGAAUCUGCUGGCCCUGGCCAGUGAUGACAACACCAUCUCCAUCAGUAACGUAGAGGGCGACACAAUUCGACAGACCUCUGUCAGGGCCAACCCACAGAAUGUCCAGUUCUCCGAGAUGAAGGGCGACGAGCGCAGUCAGAUAGGCGAGAAUACGGUUAGUGUUGUCAUUGGGAAAAAGACCCUGUUUCUGUACAACUUGAAUGAUCCAGAGAAUCCCAUUGAACUGGCGUUCCAGCAGAGAUACGGCAACAUCAUCUCCUACAAAUGGUAUGGGGAUGGAUACAUCAUGAUCGGAUUUUCCCAUGGUUACUUUGUGGUUAUAUCCACACAUAUGAAAGAAAUAGGACAGGAACUGUUCCAAGCCCGGAACCAUAAAGACAAUCUGACCUGUAUCGCCAUCUCUACGUCUCUCAACAAGGCCGCAUCAUGUGGUGACAACUGCAUCAAGAUCCAUGACCUUUCUGACCUGAAAGAGAUGUUUGCCAUUAUCAACAUGGAGGAUGAGCGUGGCCUUGAUGUUUUGAACUGGUCUGAUGACGGGCAGCUACUGGCAGUGUCCACACAGAAGGGGAACCUCCAUGUGUACCUGACGCGCCUCCCCAUGCUGGCCUCGGCCCACCAGACCCGCAUAGCCCACCUGACCUCUCUUCUGGAGGUCACCAUAGAGGACAACGUUCAGCAGGACCAGCCAUUGACCAUUCCCAUUGAUGUGGAGCCCACGUUUAUAGGAAUUGGACCAUUCCACCUGGCCUGUGGAAUGAACAACAGGGCCUGGUUUUAUCUGCUGGGAGACGCAGGGAUAGAGAGGUUAAAGGACAGGGAGUACCUAGGGACCGUUAACCACAUCUGUCUGAAUGCCGACUACGCCGCUGUGGGCUUUGAGGGAAAAGUUCAGCUUCAUAUGAUUGAGGGAGAGACGGCAGGAACGACGGAUGAGCGUGAGACUCGUUUGUUUCCUGACUCCAGUCAAGACGACUCCCGGAUAACCUGUCAUGAUCUCACCAAUGACUUCCUUAUCUAUGGAUCUGAUAAUGGUGGAAUUACAUAUUUCUAUGUGGAAGACUGGAAUUUUGUGAAUGAGUUCCGUCAUGUUGUGGGAAUUCGAAGGAUUUUCCCGGACCUUGGUGGAACACGACUAGUGUUUAUUGAUGACAAGAGUGAUGGUUUUGUAUAUAAUCCAGUGAAUGAUCAAGUCAUUGAAAUCCCACAAUUCUCCUCAACCACAAAAGGUGCAUUAUGGGAAAAUUGGUCAGGAGACAAGGGUGUUUUCAUCACCUAUGAUGAAGAGAAGAUAUAUACUUAUCUAUACUGUAGAGAAUCCACUAAAGGCCCAAUAGUGGAGUAUGUAGGAGAGUCCAAACUUCCCUACGGAAUGGUUCCCAUCAUGCUCUACAAUGGGGAGAUAACUCUACAGACACAGAGUGGGCGCAUACAGACCCAGAUUUUGGACACACAUACAGCACUCUACACAGAAAGCUUGGAGGAUAUGACAGUGGAGGAGGUGAAGAAUGGUUUGAAACAAGGAAUUGCCAUCAGAAGAUUCAAAGAAGCAUGGAGUUUUUGUGAGAAGUUAAAUGACAUGGUGGCCUGGAUAGAAUUGGGACGGUCAGCCAUGCAGGCUAUUGAGAUAGACUAUGCCAUCAGAGUAUACAGAGAGAUUGCAGAUGUUGGCAUGGUUACCUCUUUACAGCAGGUCAAGCACCUUGAGGAUAAGAACUUGCUGUCUGGUUAUGUGGCCAUGUUCCUGAGUGAGUUUAACCUGGCCCAGGAUCUCUUCCUAGCCUCAAGCAAACCACUGGCUGCUCUAGAGAUGAGGCGAGACUUAUUACACUGGGACAGUGCCCUACAGCUGGCCAAGGCUCUGGCCCCGGAACAGAUCCCCUACAUAUCUCGCGAGUAUGCUCAGCAGCUUGAGUUUACAGGAGACUACAUGACCGCUCUGUCUCACUACGAGAAGGGUGUGACUCGUGAGGAGAAAGACCGAGAACAUGACGAGGUUUGUGCUGCAGGAAUUGCCAGGAUGUCCAUCAGGAUGGGCGACAUCAGAAGGGGUGUUUCCAUGGCAAUGAAGAUGCCAAGUAGAAUUUUAAAGAAAGAAUGUGCUGGAAUUUUAGAAGGCAUGAAGCAAUGGACAGAAGCAGCCACAUUGUAUGAACAAGGAGGUUACUAUGACAAAGCCGCCUCAGUCUACAUCCGCGGCAAAAACUGGGCAAAGGUUGGAGACCUUCUCUCCCACAUCACAUCCCCAAAGAUACACAUCCAGUACGCCAAGGCGAAGGAGGCAGACGGACGGUACAAAGAAGCAGCGGAGGCCUACCGCAGUGCAAAGGACUGGGAUAAUGUGAUCCGGAUCAACCUGGAUUAUCUUCAGAACCCGGAGGAGGCUGUCAAGAUUGUCCGAGACACUCACUCCAUAGAGGGAGCCAAGAUGGUAGCCAAGUUUUUCCAGAGACUGAAUGAUUACUCCUCAGCGAUUCAGUUCCUUGUGAUCUCCAAAUGUAAUGAUGAAGCCUUCCAGUUAGCUCAGGCUCACAACCAAAUGGAGACUUACGCUGACAUCAUAGGACCUGAUGCCACCCCUGAGGAUUACCAGAGCAUCGCCCUGUUCUUUGAGAACGAGAAGAACCACUUCAUGGCCGGCAAAUUCUUCUUACUAAGUGGGCAAUACAGCAGAGCCCUGAAGCAUUUUGUGAAGUGUAGUGGAGAAGAUGGUCAGGCUAUAGAGUUGGCCAUUGAGACAGUGGGCAGGGCCAAUGAUGAGUCCCUGACCCGCAUGUUGAUUGACUUCCUGAUGGGAGAGACAGACAAUGUACCCAAGGAUGCCAAGUACCUGUUCCGGCUCUACAUGGCACUGAAACAGUACAGGGAGGCUGGCAGAACAGCCAUCAUUAUAGCAAGGGAAGAACAAAAUGCUGGAAACUACAGAAAUGCUCAUGAUGUUCUGUUCAGUAUGUACAAAGAGCUGAUGCAGCAGAAAAUAAAGAUUCCUUCAGAAAUGUCCACCAACCUAAUGAUUCUCCACAGUUACAUCCUGGUCAAGAUCCAUGUAAAGAGAGGUGACCACAUGAAGGGGGCCAGGAUGUUGAUUCGAGUAGCCAACAACAUCAGUAAAUUCCCAUCCCACAUUGUACCAAUCCUGACAUCGACGGUCAUCGAGUGUCACCGAGCGGGGCUCAAGAACUCAUCCUUCAGCUACGCCGCCAUGUUGAUGAGACCAGAAUAUCGCAACAACAUUGACCUGAAAUACAAGAAGAAGAUAGAAAUGAUCGUCAGGAAGCCUGAUAAGACGGAGGAGGAGGAAGCAUUGACGUCGUGUCCGUACUGCAGCUUCCAGCUCCCAGAAACAGCCCUGAUGUGUCCAGAGUGUAAAAACAACCUGCCCUACUGUAUUGUCACGGGUCGUCACAUCGUGAAUGAUGACUUGACUGCCUGCCCUAAGUGUGACUUUCCUGCAAUUUUCUCCGAGUUCAUUAAGUUGCUUGAAACUGAGGAAAAUUGUCCAAUGUGUUCUGAAAAGAUUAUCAAGGAAAACCUGCAGAAAGUGACGGACAUCAACAAAUACCUCCACCCAGAGGAGGGGACCAUAGAGUAGAGGAGGGCACUGUAGAAGGGAACACUGAAUGCUAGUCCCUCUGUUACUGAUUCCACAGAUCAUGCCCCCUCUUCUUGUUUACUGAACUGUUUCUGUGAUAUGAUUUUACCUGAUGUUAAGAGACAUUACAGACAUAACUCCGUCCAAUGUCUAUACUAUGAAGGAUGUACACUUUAUAGAUCUGAAUAAAUUUUGUAAUUCUG